AUGGUCCCCGAGGACAGAUCGGACGGCCCGGGAGCCGGCGAGGAAAGGGCCCGGCUGCAAGCGGCCGGCACCGUCCGCAAGGGCUGUGACCUCCCGGCAGAUUCACCGCAUGGCCACCUGCAGAGCCGCAGGGCCCGGAUCCACCAGCAGAUCGACAGGGAGCUGAGAAUGCGGACGGGUGCUGAGAACCUGUACAGAGCUACCAGCAACGCCCGCGUCAGGGAGACUGUGGCCCUGGAACUGAGCGACGUCAACUCCAGCCUGCAGCUGCUGAAGGAGGAGCUGGCGGGGCUUGACAACAGUGGGGACACGGCCCAGCCCGAGAGCGAAGGCGUCACUGCCCCCAUGAUCCCCCUGGGGCUGAAGGAGACCAAGCCCCUGGACUGGGCCCCACCUCUGAAGGAGCUGAUCUGCAGGCACUUUGGGGAAGACGGCGCUUCCUACGAGGCUGAGAUCAGGGAGCUGGAGGACCUGCGGCAGGCCACGCGGACCCCCAGCCGGAGCAAGGCCGGCCUGGAGCUGCUCACGGCCUACUACAACCAGCUCUGCUUCCUGGAGGCACGCUUUGUCACCCCUGCCCGCAGCCUAGGGCUGCUCUUCCACUGGUAUGACUCGCUGACGGGGCUCCCAGCCCAGCAGCGGGCCCUGGCCUUCGAGAAGGGCAGCGUGCUGUUCAACAUCGGCGCCCUGCACACCCAGAUCGGGGCUCGCCAGAACCGCUCCUGCCCCGAGGGCAUCAGCCGCGCCGUGGAAUCCUUUCAGAGGGCUGCUGGGGCCUUCAGCCUCCUGAGGGAGAACUUCUCCCAGGCGCCCAGCCCGGACAUGAGCCCCGCCUCGCUGUCCAUGCUGGAGCAGCUCAUGAGCGCCCAGGCCCAGGAGUGUGUCUUCGAGGGCCUCCUGCUGCAGGCCCCCGGGGCCACCCACGGCCGCCUGGCCCAGCUGCGCCUGGCCCAGGAGGCGGCCCAGGUGGCGGCCGAGUACCGGCUGGUGCAUCGGACCAUGGCCCAGCCACCCAUCCAGGACUACGUGCCCUUCCCCUGGACCACCCUGGUGCACGUGAAGGCCGAGCACUUCCGUGCCCUGGCCCACUACCACGCGGCCCUGGGCCUGUGUGACGGCGCCCCGGUGGCCGAGUCGGAGCUCCCCGUCCUCGAGCAGGUGUUCCUGGCCUCGGCUGAGGCCCAGAGCCCGGCGCUGCCCCAGGAGCGCGAGGAGCGCAGCAAACUGGGCAAGGCCCACCUGAGGCGGGCCCUCCUGGGGCAGGAGGCGGCGCUGCAGCUGCACGCCAUGUGCCGGGCCCUGCGCCGGGAGGACCUGCUGCAGGCCGUGCUGGCCCGGGCGCUGCGGCGCUCUCUGGCCAAGUACUCGGAGCUCGACCUGGAGGACGACUUCCACGAGGCCACUGAGGCCCCUGACGUCCAGCCUAAGACGCAGCAGAGGCCAGAAGGCAGGACACCCAGCUUCUCCCAGGUGAAGGUGGCUGAUAUCUUCCACAGGCUGGGGCCCCUGUCCGUGUUCUCAGCCAAGAACCACUGGCGACUGGUGGGGCCAGUCCACCUGUCUCGAGGAGAGGGAGGCUUCGGCUUCACGCUGCGGGGAGACUCGCCGGUUCUCAUUGCUGCCGUCGUUCCGGGGGGCCGGGCUGCGGAGGCCGGCCUGAAGGAGGGUGACUACAUCGUGUCAGUGAGCGGGCAGCCGUGCAGGUGGUGGAAGCACGCGGAGGUGGUGGCCCAGCUGCAGGGCGUGGGCGAUGGGGGCGUGAGCCUGCAGGUGGCCACACCGUUGCCCGCCGCCAAGCUGCCCAUCUCGGGGGACCGCCGGCCAGCCCUUGGGGGGCUUCUGAGGAGCCAGAAGGAGUGUGGCCAGGAGACACCAGUGCCCUCACGAGCCAGGCCGAGGCCCAGGCCCCUCCUUGGCUGGAACCACAAGGCCAACAGGGGCAAGACUGGAAGGACUCUGUCCCCAGCCCCACAGCCCUGA